AUGCUUGGAUCUGAGCAAGUAAUCACAACAGCGUAUACUGUGCCGCGAUCGGCCAGCGAGGAUCAGAUCAAGCGCGCGUACCGCAAGCUAGCGCUCAAGUUCCACCCGGACAAGAACCCCGGAGAUGAGGAAGCAAAGAAGCGGUUCCAGGAGAUUGGCAACGCAUAUGAGGUUCUCUCAGACGGUGAGAAGCGGCGGAUCUACGACCAGCACGGCGAGGAGGGCGUGAAGCAGCACAGCGCUCAGCAAGCAGCUGGGGGUGGCCAGGACAUCUUCUCACAAUUCUUUGGCGGGUUUGGAGGGUUCGGGCAGCAGCAGGAGGAGGAAGAGCAGGCCCCAAAGGGCGACACAGUCACAGUGGACCUCGAGGCGUCGCUAGAGGACCUGUACAACGGCAGGUCGUUUCAGGUGUGGCGAGACAAGAACGUGGUGCGAUCGGCGCCCGGCAAGCGCAAGUGCAACUGCAAGGCGCGCAUGGUGACGAGGCAGAUCGCCCCGGGCAUGUUCCAGCAGUUCACCCAGCAGGAAUGUCAGGAGUGCCCGAACGUGAAGUACGAGCGCGAGGGCAUGCCCAUCGACGUGGACAUUGAGAAGGGCAUGAAGGACGGGCAGGAAGUCACCUUCUAUGAGGAGGGAGAGCCCGUCAUGGAUGGCGACCCGCCCACCCAUCACUCUCCCAUGUAUCCCUCCCCUCCCCCCAUGUAUGUGUGCUGCGAUAACACCUGUCUGUCUGUGUGCGUGCAGGAGAUCACCUUCUACGAGGAGGGAGAGCCCGUCAUGGAUGGCGAUCCUGGUGACCUCAAGUUGGUGAUCAAGACGCGGCCGCACAAGCAGUUUGAACGGAGAGGGGACGACCUCCACAUGAACCUCACCAUCUCCCUCGUACGUUGCUACCUGAACCUCACUGUCUCGCUCGUGGAUGCUCUCGUGGGCUUUAAGCACUCCAUCACUCACCUCGACAAUCACCUCGUGGAAAUCGGCACCUCUGGUGUCACGCGGCCAGGGGAGGUGCGGAAAAUAAAGGGCGAGGGCAUGCCGAUUUACGACACCACCAAAAAGGGAGACUUAUACGUGCAGUUCACUGUAGACUUCCCUAAGUCGCUUACAGAGGACCAGAAGGAAGUGGUUCGGAAGACUUUCGGGGCGUCGGGCAGCACGGGCAGCGGCAAACUACAUGAGGAAUUGUGA